UCCCUUGCGCAUGCGCGGAGUUAUUGCGUCGUCUCUUAAAACGCAAUUUAGCAGUGUGGCCUCUUAGGCUGCAUUGGUUAUUUCAUUUCUACCUUUGUACUCAUUCGUCCAUCGUAGGAAAAACUGAACUUUAUUAUUUAUUCGUGUCAGGAUUAGAUCGACGCUGUCUAGGUGACCUUUGAAGCGUCUCUUCUCAGGCUGAGCUCGCUAGCUAGCUUAGCGUGCUAGUUAGCUUAGCUUGUUAGCUGCUAACAAAGAGGGGUGGGAGUGAUCCAAACACAUCGCUAAGAAGAGAUCAAGCACAUCUUCUAAGUAGACGCAGCAUUGGCUGCUGUGACGCGAGAAAUUGGCCCGCCAUCUUGAAGUGGUGAUGAGGAGCCGACGAGCAGUCUAAACUGACAGUUGACAGUGUCCUGCAAAGAUCUGGGAAGAACAUCUCUCUUUGCAACAGGAGUGGAGCAGGAGGAGCCACAGCCCUUCCUCAUCAAAAAGGAAGAGAAGGCACCACAGACCCCUUACAUUAAAAAGAGGAAGAGGAGGAACACAGCAUCCGUCAGGAGGGAGAGCAUCUUGAAGGACUGGAGGAGGUUGCUGUCACCAAGAUGCCAGUGACUGGUGUCCCUGUGAAGAGCGAAGAUGAUGAGGAACAUCUUCCUGAGCAGCAGAAGUGGAGCUUCGGGAUGGCGACGGAGGAGCAUCAGCCCUCCCACAUCAAGGAGGAAGAUGCGGCGCCGCAGACCCGGCACAUCAAAAAGGCAGACCCACUGAGCCCUCACAUUAAAGAGGAAGAGGAGGAACACAGCAUCAGUCAGGAGGGAGAGCAUCCUGAAUGGUCGAAGGAGUUCCCAGUGAUUGGUGUCAUCGUGAAGAGUGAAGAUGAUGAGGUCAAAGGUGAGAGUGAGGAGAAGAGAGAGGCGGAGCCUCCGAGCAGCAGCUCUACAGAAGCUGAUGGAGACCACUGUGGAGGAUCACAAGCAGACAAGCUCUUAGCUCCACUAUCAGAUAGUGAGGACAUAACGUCACACUCUCCUGACACUGACACUGAUGACGAUUACGCUAAAGAUGAUAAGACAUGUCGCACUGACAACACACACUUCACAUGUUCUCACUGCGACAAAACCUUUAGCAAUCGCUAUCGGAAAGUACACAUGAGAACACACACCGGGGAAAAACCUUUUUCUUGCUCAGAAUGUGGGAAAUGUUUUUCAAGAAAAAAUGUGUUGAAGAAACACAUGCAAAUACACACCGGAGAAAAACCUUUUUCCUGCUCGGUAUGCGGUAAAAGUUUUGUGUUACGUCAAAACCUGAAAGUACACAUGAGAAUUCACACCGGAGAGAAGCCCUUUUCCUGUUCAGUGUGUGGCAAAAGUUUUACACAAAGUCAGUGUUUGAAAAAACACAAAAAAUUACACGCCGGAGAAAAUGACGAUGAAGACGCUAAAGAUGAUAAGACAUGUGACACUGACAACACACACCUGAAAUGUUCUUACUGUGACAAAGCUUUUAAAUACCCUAGUGAUCUAAAAGUACACAUGAGAACACACACAGGAGAAAAGCCUUUUUCCUGUCCAGAAUGUGGUAAAGGUUUUGCAACAAAUCAAAAUGUGAAGGUACACAUGAGAACACACACUGGAGAAAACCCCUUUCCCUGUUCAAUAUGCGGUAAAGCUUUUGUACAAAAGAGUGGUUUAAAAAUACACAUGAGAAAACACAGCGGGGAAAACCCUUUUACUUGUUCGAUCUGCGGCAAAAGUUUUACAAGAAGUUCAAGUUUGAAAUUACAUAUGGAAAUCCAUACUGGAGAAAAACAUUGUUAUUGUUCAAUCUGUGGCAAAGGUUUAGCACAUAAUAAACAAUUGAAAGUGCACAUGAGAAUACACUCCGGAGAAAAACCUUUUACUUGUUCAGUCUGCGGUAAAGGUUUUGCCAAAAGUAGCAAUUUUAUAAUACACAUGAGAAUACACACCAGAGAAAAGCCUUUUAUGUGUUCAAUAUGUGGUAAAAGGUUUUCACAAAGCCCACAUUUGAAAAUACACAUGAGAACACACACUGGUGAAAAGCCAUACUCCUGUACAAGCUGCAACAAAGGAUUUUGUGUACGCUCAAAACUUGUAGCACACAUGAAGACACACACUGGUGAGAAAGUGCUGAGUUGCAGUGUGUGUGGCGAAAGAUUCUCUUCUAAGUCCCAGUGUAAGAAACACAAGUGUGCUGGUGAGAACAGCAGCAGCAAAUGAAGAUGCAGGAUUUGAAAUAUUCUGUCAAAAACUUGCAUUGAUAUUAGGGAUGCACCGAAAUGAAAAUUUGUGGCCGAAGCCGAAUAAAACUUAAUCGUUUGGCCGAAGGCCGAAUACUGAAUAAUGAAUGCAGUUUUUCACAUUUUUUUUUACAUUGCAUAAAUAGCCUAGAAUAAAUAUUUAGACAUGUUUUUCAAAUAAAGUAAUUUUUUUAUUGAAUACUGACAUUUUUUUUAAAUAUUCCAGUAGCCUUUGUUUUUCAAAAAAAGCACAAAGUUUUUCAUUUAUAUUAGGCCUUCAAACAAAACAUGCAUUCCAAAAAAAAAUAAAGUGCAUUCCGCCCGAUUGUAGCUGAGAUAGACGCCAGCGCCCCCCGUGACCCCGAAAGGGAAUAAGCGGUAGAAAAUGGAUGGAUGGAAAGUGGAUAAACCCACAACAAAAGAAUUAUUGUCCUUUUGGCAAAAGUCUGCUUAGCCACAGUAGAUAUGCUAAUAAUGUAAACAGAAGGCUCAAGUAAAUCUCAAUUAAGUGUGUGCUUGUAACCUCAUACACUUAUACAGGUAGCCUACACAACAGGCUAAUAAUGUAAACAGAAGGCUUAAGUAAAUCUCAAUUAGUGUGUGCUUGUAACCUCAUACACUUAUACAGGUAGCCUACACAACAGGCUAAUAAUGUAAACAGAGGCCCCACUAAAUCUCAAUUAAGUGUGUGCUUGUAACCUCAUACACUUAUACAGGUAGCCUACACAACAGGCUAAUAAUGUAAACAGAAGGCUUAAGUAAAUCUCAAUUAGUGUGUGCUUGUAACCUCAUACACUUAUACAGGUAGCCUACACAACAGGCUAAUAAUGUCAACAGAGGCCCCACUAAAUCUCAAUAAGUGUGUGCUUGUAACCUCAUACACUUAUACAGGUAGCCUACACAACAGGCUAAUAAUGUCAACAGAGGCCCCACUAAAUCUCAAUAAGUGUGUGCUUGUAACCUCAUACACUUAUACAGGUAGCCUACACAACAGGCUAAUAAUGUAAACAGAAGGCUUAAGUAAAUCUCAAUAAGUGUGUGCUUGUAACCUCAUACACUUAUACAGGUACACAACAUAUCUCAACGUCACCGCACGUUGGUUGAUUGCGUCAAAAAAUUGCGUCACACGCCACCAUUCGGCCUUGUUCUUAACUCAUUCCACCGAAGGCAGCUUUUUUUUGCCAUAUUCGGCCGAAUAUAUUCGGUUACCGAUUAAUCGGUGCAUCCCUAAUUGAUAUACAGCAAUGUCUACUUUUAUUUAUAAAACAACAAUAUGACUGAACAGGUGAAAGUAAACAGUGCCAUACAAUAGAAAUGUAAUGUGGUUAUAGAUACUCAUAAUCCACUUUUAUUUUUAUUCAUAAUGGUGUUUUAUAUAAGUUUUUGAAACAAUGAAGUGUUAGACAUUUCAUCUUGUAAUUGUAGAUGAUUCCAUAGAAGAAGUCCUUUAUAUGAUAAAAAUAGUUUUUGUUUUACAUUUGUUACCUGUCAGACUUGUUACAAGGUAACAAGGUAAUGUUUUCUAUGUAGGUGUAAAAAUAAUGUAUAUAUAUAUAUAUAUAUUUCUUUUUUAUUUUAUGUCAUUCUUUUGUUUUGUUUGCACGGCUCAAAAUAAACCAUUCAUUCCUUCAUACCUUUUGCUUUUGAGUUCACAUAAAUCCCUCUUAGUUCAUAUUUACUGGUCCACAACUGAAACUUAUUCUGGAAGCAUAUUAUUAUUUACUUUAUACAUCACUUCAACAGUUGUUUUAUACAAGAUCAUUUACUUUUAAAAUGUGUGACUUUAUGAAUCAUUUGUUGGGUCUCUAUAAUCCAUUCUAGAAUUUUUUUUACCACUCUCUUUUGUAAUAUGAAUAUUGUUUUGUGAUUGUUGUAUAUGUAUUUCCCCGGACUUUUAUGCAAUAAUUUCCCCUUGAGGAUUAAUAAAGUGAUUCUGAUUCUGAAUAAACAAUGUAUACUUACAA